AUGUCGUUCGACCUCAGCUCCAUCCCAAUUCCAACCCUCGACCGUCCGUUCGGCAUUGAACUAUGGCCGCUCUUCUCCAAGGCUUACACGGCAGUCGCGGGGUUCUCGCCGGAAGACUUUAAAUUCACUCAAGGCCAGACUCCCAUGUCGACCUUGAACGGAACCCUCAUUUCCCUCGCGUCCUACUAUAUCAUCGUCUUUGGCGGUCGAGAGAUCAUGAGAAACCGCCCCGCGAUGAAGUUGAAUGGUGUUUUCCUCAUACACAAUCUAUACCUGACCUUGAUCAGUGGAGCGCUACUGGUUCUGUUUAUCGAACAACUUCUUCCGACGCUGUGGAGGAAAGGCGUUUUUUAUGCUAUUUGUGACGUUAAGGGUGGUUGGACGGCUCCCCUGGUUGUUCUAUAUUAUUUGAACUAUCUCACCAAAUACCUGGAGCUCCUCGACACCGUCUUCCUCGUCCUCAAGAAGAAGCCUCUUACUUUCCUCCAUACCUACCACCAUGGUGCCACAGCUCUUCUGUGCUACACGCAGUUGAUUGGUCACACAGCUGUCUCCUGGGUGCCCAUCACCCUAAACCUCCUGGUCCACGUCGUUAUGUACUGGUACUAUUUCCAGAGCGCCCGGGGCAUCCGCAUCUGGUGGAAAAAAUGGGUCACCAUCCUCCAGAUUGUACAAUUCGUCAUUGACUUGGGAUUCGUGUACUUCGCAUCCUACACCUACUUCACAUCAACCUAUUUCCCACACAUGCCCAACGCAGGGCACUGCGCCGGCGAGGAAUUCGCCGCCUUUUCCGGUCUAAUCAUCCUUUCGUCCUACCUCCUCCUCUUCAUCUCCUUCUACUUUGCCACAUACAAGAAAUCAGGCAAAGCUGGCCGCCCACGCAGAAAUACCGGCAAGCAGGCUGUGAUUGAUAUGCGCAAUAUGGAGAUUCCGUCGGUUGGUGGAAAGCCUGCGGCUGUCACAACGACGGCGACAACCAAUGGCACCGCCAAUGGAAAUGGCCAUGUCUACGCGACGAACGGAUCUGCGGUUACCUCAGCGCGUUCGAAUGGUGGCCCCGUCACGCGGUCGAGAAAGGCCUAG